AAAUCGGGCACGGAAUUGGUAUCGCAAACAAGUGUGCGAAACUGGGACAUGCCGCGCCGGACACUAGCUGGUGACUAGCUGUCAUGACAACUGUUUAAUUCUGGAAGGGUAUAUAUAUUCCGUUUAAGAAAUCCACCUGAGGACAUGAUAUUGAGAAGAUGAGUGUGAUUACUUAUGAUAAGGAGGAGUCUGUCCUCCGGGGACAGAUACCUCUUCACAAACUUAAGGAAAACUUGGUUGAGCUGAAGUUAGAAGAAGUGACAGAAAUAGAUUUCACUGGCAAUGGCUACUGCACAGACUCGGUGAUUAAAGUGAUUCGUGACCAUAGAAAGGAGACUGUUUUGAAAAACUUGAAGAAUGUGAAUUUGUCUGGAUGUAAAAUGCUUACCGAUCAUGGCAUGAAGUGGUUAGCAGAAGUCAUAGCAGGGGCCUCAAUAAAUUCAAUUAAUCUGGAUUGUUGUGAAAGAGUGACAGAUGUUGGAUUAUCAUAUCUCAAUGAAGAACUUAAGAAUCUGUGUAGAAUAUCAGUUAGAGAUACAUCAGUGAGAUACAUAAUGUCACUUAAAGGAAAAAUACUGAAUGGGUCUCCAAUUUUCCCCAUCAUUGGUGAUGUGGUGGAUCACAAGACUGGGAAUGUCCUUGUAGUCCCUCACCCCAGCGUCAAACAGAGCCUGGCCAGUGCACUCAGUGGUGGGUCAGUGACAGCCAAUGAGGGGCUCCACCACUACCCACUUGUGAAGUUUGAGGAUGAAUGGAAACUGAAUAUCAAUGAAGUCAACAUGAAUAAUCCAUUGUUUGAUGUACUAGCCAGGAGUAACCCAGUGCAAGUCAUCAUUCCUUUUGAUGCGUCAGCUGUUCCAAAGGAUGUUUCUUUGCAUGUCAAGAAUACGAUCACGAGGAUGUCGUUGACGGAGAAAGCAACUGUUGCCAUUGAGAAACAUAACCAACAACGGAUGAAGGCAGGCUUCGCCAGUGCUGAUUGCUUCAUGGACAAGAAAUCAGUGUCAUGCCACACUUUUGAUAUAGAGACUGGAAUUUUACAAAAUAAAAUUGCACUCCGGGAAUCAGACAAGGCUGGUUGCUACUUCUCAAGACAACCUUUUUCCAAGUCAUAUCCUUACUUUGAAGUGGAAUUGGUAGAGUUGCAAGAAGAUCUAAAUAAGGAAAAGGAGGAGGGUGGAUUAGACAAAAAUGGUGUUAUACUGGGUUGUCUUCAUGAACAGUCCUUCAUCAUCAGAAAUCCAAUGGACUCCAGUAUUGACAAGGGAGGAGAAGUCCAAGUUUUUGAAUUUAAAAAGGUCGGAGACAGAUACGGUUUUGGAAUACAAGGAGAAUGGGACUCAGAAUACAUGGCUGGCGCUAACUGCUCCUUUUAUUCCACUAUCAAUGGAGUAGAUGCUACUGAUAAAUCAAUGUUGAGUGGAGAUCCAUUGACAACCAGGAACUACUACCCAUUUGUGACAAUAUUGUCGAGCGUUAUUGCAAAAUUGAAGAUCUUGCACUACUCUGCCCCACCAAAGGAAUUCUUGUUGUCCUUAAAUGUAGAUAAUAAAUGGAUUUCAACCUCUUACUUGUUCAACAUGGUGAUUAACAGAAAUGGAUUAAUGAGCACCUGUGCAUUUUCAAAUCGUUCAGAGGACUCGCACUAUCUUUCGGAGACAAGCAUAGGAACACUGGACACGCCACACACAUUGUUUACUUUCAAGAUUGUGGAUUUGGGAAAAGACUCCAAAGUGGUCUUUGGAAUUGGCUUAGAAGACCAUGUGUUUGGCACCAGUCAAAAUUAUCUAGCCUUCAUAUGCAUGGAUGGAGGUGUCAAGCACGGUUCUAAGGAAGUACCUUUGCUUGGAAAGGCUGAAGUUGUGGAAAAAGAAGAUGAAAUUACCUUCAAGUGGUACAUUGAGAGACAGGAUGCAGACUUUAAAGGCACCAAAGAAUGCAAAACAGAAAUAUUCAAAAAUGGGAAACUGUAUUGUGAAUACCAAUUUCCGUACACAUUUGAGUGUGGUGUGCCCCAGAACAAAGUAAUUGCGAAGUAUGUCACAGGUGGUGUGAGGAAAUUAAGAUUAUUGCAUCACCAGCCAAUCUACAGACAACCUGGAGUCAUACGAGAUCAGAUAACACUUGGUUAUUUGAGAAGAGUUAUCCUGUCAGAUGACGGCACUAUGGAAUGUGGGGCACAGCAUGGCAUCAAUACAUUUGGAAUCUUUGUAGCCAAGACUCAGUUUAACGUAAUGUUGACCUACUUUGAGAUGGAAGUCCUGGCGUGUCCAUCUCGAGUGACUAUAGGUGUGGCCCAUUAUGACAAGCCCCCCGGAUUUUACCUUGGAAUGAAUCAGUGUGAAGUUGGUCUUCAUAAUACUUCAGAAUUGUCCCAGAUAUCACUUGGAACAAAGAUGACCUCUAGGGCAUACAAGGUUGGUGAUGUAGUGGGCUGUGGAGUGGAGGGGGAGUUUGAUGAUGAAGGUUAUCUCGUACAAGAACAGGAACUCACUGUGUACUUCACAAGAAAUGGAGAAAGGAUUGAGACAACAAAAUUGUUCUACGCUUCAGACGGACUGUAUCCUUCCACUAUGGUGGAGAAAGCUGGGUGUAAAGUUCGUAUUCUCAAAUAUUAUUCUGAGACAAAAGCUCAUAAAGAGGCAGCAUUGGCAGCCAAAGAAACAGUGGAAAAAAGUGAAGAAAAGGAAACUGAAGAGAGAAUACCUUACUUUGGCUGUCAGUAUACUGUGGUGGGGGUCGAGUCAGGGGCUUCUGAUGCUGCUGGAAAAAUUCAAAUUCUGAAGAGCAUGGUUGCAGUGGAGGAUUUAACUAAUUCUCCUGAGAUUCAACAAAUCAUAGAAAAGAAAGAAGAACUAGAAAAGAAUUUUGCAAACCUGACAUUAGAAGAACAAACAUACUAUUCUCAGCUGUGUUUGGCAGAAGAAAACAUCAUGGAACUUAAGAAUUCCCCACAGCGACUCAGCUUUGCCACAGCAGACACUUCUAGUGACAAGGGUUUGGUGGAGAUUCGAAACAUCAUUCAGAAUACCUUCAAAGCCCACAGAUCUCAGCAGUUGCCUAAGUAUUUUGUGCCUAAGUUGUUGCCUUAUACCAGUGAGAAAAUCCAGGAGUGUUUGAAUACACUUAAACUUCUACCCUGCUUGGCAUCUGACAGUGCAGACCAGAGACUCACUCUUUUGGGAGAAAUCAAAAAGUCAUUUGACGGAAAUUUGUCGGGAACCAUGCUGCUGCACAUUUUGGACAUUCUUCAUGAUCAGGGAGCACUGAUGCUUGCUAGAACAGACAAGUUCACACAGGCCGUUAGUAUCAGGUUUGCUUCAGAAAUGAUGAAACGACUGGAGAAAUUUUCUGCAACAGAGACCAUGUCAAAAGGGCUAUUCACAUCUGCCAUUGGUCAAAGUUCGCAUGUAUGGACAAGAGACUCUUUAGUAUCCAAAAUUGUUCAAGAGAAAGAUCCCGUAAAAGUCUCCUUGAUCCUAGAGUUUUUGGAGGACUAUCUAGGUCUGAUCAAGAUUCCAUUAUGGAGAGAAUCAGAAGAAGAUGAACACUACCUGUACUCUACAACGGCAAACUUGUCACCACCUGCUGUUAAACUGAGAGAUUUCUGGAGUAAAGGCGUGGCAACACAGAACAUUGUAGUGAUGCAGAAAACCUACAGUUUUGUCCAUGGUCUACCAGAGCACCUUAUUUCAUUGGUCCUGGGUGCCACAUCCCGCUAUGGUCGACUUGUUGCCAUGACCAGUGAUGGUGCUGUUUUUCAAAUGGGAGCAGUCCAGACCACCAUCAUACAGCACCAAGGCAUUGUUGAUUUAUUACCGACAGAUGUACAACCAUUGUUGGAUAAAAAAGUGCUCUCUGUGGAGUCCAAAUGUUACAUACCUGAUAAGAAAACAGAUCUUCUGAAUGAGCUAACAGAGAGUUAUGUUGGGGAUUACACAUUCCGUGUGAUGUCUUUGUACACUGACUUCAUUGAUCGGAUCAUCCAGUGGCAGGGACUACUUCCUCUCAUCACUCAGAGUUACCCCCUGGGUCAAGUGAAUGUUUCCUUUGGUUGCAUACACAACUGGACACCAUUUCCAAAUGUCCGACAAGUGCAGUCGGUUUGCACUCUCUGCAAUCGUUGUUGUGAGAAGGGAGAUAACUGUGCAUGGAAUGGUAUCAUGGGAAGUUACUUGAGAGAAUGCGGUUGUAAGACAAAUCAAACAGGAUGUGUCGAUUGUGGAAUCUGUUUUAACUGUGCCAAGGAUAUGUGGAAUUUACGCAGUGAAUUGAGGCCAUUGCCUGUUUUGUUUAACAAAGUCAAAGAUGUUCCUCCGAUAAACUUGAACCCAAUGACAUAUGAUGAGUUUGAAAUCACAGUACAUUCAGGACUUUGCCCACCAAUAUGUCUGAAAAAUGUUCAAGAGGGAACAGUGAUCUUAGCUGCCCCAGGAAUGCCCAGUUCCAUAAAAGAGGCAGAGCCACAGAAUCUGAAAACAUACAUAGAGGAUAUUAUCAAAGAAGCUGACACUCCAGUAAGAGCAAAAGACAAAAUUAAAAUAAGACUAAGUGACCCACUGGGUUCUGUGAGACUCAGAAAAGGAGAUACAGUGCAGAAGACCGUCCAGAGAUUCACGUACUAUGCAAUUCAGUGCAGAGAAGUCACAGUGUUUCAGGAAGCUGGAAUUUUGUGCUACAAUUCCUUCUCAUCAAACAUGCCGGUUGGACAGUUCAUUGGGCCAAAACCAUUCUCCAAUACUUUCAAAAGUUUCUCAUUCAGAAUUAUGGAUGAGGGAAUGGAUAAGGCCAUUACGAUAGGUAUAGCUCCAGCCACGUAUGAGGCUAACAGACAACCAGGAUGGAAUAGACAUUCCUUUGCUUAUCAUGCAGAUGAUGGAGGCAUAUUUUUAGAGUCUGGUUACUCGCGGGUGAAGAAAGAAACAUGUCAGAAAGGGGAUAUCAUGAGUCUGGAGUACGAUGUGGAUUCUAGAGUAACCAAAUUCUUCAAAAAUGGUGUCGAGAUGUAUUCCACAACCGUCAAUGUGAAUCCUAGAGGUGGAUAUCACCCAAUGAUUGGAUUGCAUUCACCAGGGGAGUGUGUUAAAAUGUUGGAAGUGAGUCCUUGGAUACCAGAUUCAGCUGAUAAAGAGACAGCAAAGAAACCCAAAACCUUUGAGACCAAAAACCUUGGCAAUUUAAUGAUCAACCCAGCCAGUUCUGUGAUUCUGACACAAUACGGAACUCGGGGUUUCAAUGGAUCCAUUGUCUUGUAUAACCCUACCUCAUCCAAAAUUGGCUUCAAGAUUCCAGAUGCUCCAAUAAACCCCAAGCUAAUCAAUGACCAAACAGAGACUGUCAAUGACGUGACUUAUUUCACAGGUGUCAUAGAUCCAAAGGAUAUCUAUCACUUGUGUGUGUAUGCUAAAGGUAAAGAAGACAUAAAGGAUUUAGAAAUCUUAUGGACCUCAAUUGACAAAAACAAGGACUACACACCUCUAGACAUUAUCAACAUGGAUAAAUUCUCAUCCUAUAUUGUUUCAAGUGAGGCAGCUUUUAGUAGCAACCAGGAACAUGUGAACCAGCUGAAAAAAUGUUCACCGAGUGAGAAACCGGAUGCUAGCAUGUACAAGCUGCAGAUUUUCAAGAAUGCUGAACCUGUGGGGGACUAUUGGAUUCCAGCAGAAGACUACAAAUUAGAAAUCCCAUACAGUGUUGGAGAAUAUUCAAUAUCUGCACCAAAAUGUCCAACUUAUUUGUAUCCAGGGAAACUACAGAGAGGGAUGAAGCUGUUUGUUACAUUAGAGGGUAACUCCAAACAGUUGGUAGAAUGUUUGGUGACUGAGAUUUAUGAUGACAGUGGUUUCUGUUUGGAAUACACACCUGAUGGAGCAGAGGAAAAUGAGGUCAUCUGCUACAAUCCUGGCAUGCUAGGGGUAAAGGAAGGAGAUUAUGAUCCUGAGAAGAAAAUUCUCCUAUACAAAGCUGAUUCUUCUAUGAAACUCUUGACAAGAAGUUAUGUUCCUGCACCACCAUUUCUUGUAUCCAAGGGUGGCAGUACACUUUUGGAUCAGAUUGAUGGAGAUUGGAGAGAGGAUGCAUUAGGAACAUAUGCCUCCUGUUUUCAGGACAUAAAACGAUUCACAGUUCAGGAACAGCACAUCACCCACAGUGCCCGCACACUUGGCAACUGGUUGACAGGGUAUGGUAGUGGUAGCCAUGUUGAUGACUCUUUUGCCUUCCUGCCCAGUAAACUGGAUGCCAAUAUGCUUUUGUAUCCAUCAGUGUCCACCAUGUUUGAGGAUCUUGCUGUACAUCGACUGUGCUUCUUUGUUGAUCAGAUGCUUCACUUCCAACCGCAGAAGAAAGUGGAGUUGAAAGUUCCUGUCCACUUUAUGGAUAUGCCAGGAAUGAUCCCAGAAACCCCCAUUCCAGUGGAACUGUCGUAUUGCUGUAAUUUUCAGAGUUGGAUUUAUGUGGCUCUGAUUGGGCAGAGGCUACUUUUGCCAUCCUAUACCAAGUGGUUCAAUUAUUCCCAGUUGCUGUCCAUGGAGUUUGGGCCAUUAGAACGAAACCAGAUUGAAUGCCUGCUGUUUCAAAUGCUGUCAUCAUAUGCAUCAUUGUGUAGUAUAUAUGCUGCACAGCAUGGUGGCCUACCAAAUCAAGAGAAUCCUGCAUUUGGUUCAGAUAAAGUCAAGAAUUUGAUCAAAAACGAGGACAUCCCACUGUUAAGAUAUUCAGUGGAAAUUUUGGAUGAGAGCCACAAGCUCAUACGACAGGGUCGCCAGAGAGCAUGUAAAGCUCACAUAAAUUCUAUAUUCAAAAAUGAAGGUUUGGUCAUUGAAGAUUUUGGCAUCAAGUAUGAACAUUUUGAGCCCUACAAUGAAUUGGUGACUACUUUUGAAUGGGAUGUUCCAUAUUUGCCUGAAAUUCCGAAAGAAUUUUUCUUGAAGUUUCCAAACCUGCAGUAUUUUUCACUGGAGUCAGGUUCAUUAUUGAAAAACUCGGUCUGCCCACUUGGAGCAUCAAAUCUACCUGAUCUUGAGACAGUCAAGCUUCAGAAUGUCAAUAUUCCAAUGUUACCCAAAGAUAUCCUUCAGAUACCAGAGAUGAAGACCAUGAAUUUGAUCAAUUUACCACUCAAGAGUAUAGAUGUGAAUCUGCCACAAAGCAGCAAGUUAAAGAAACUGGUUCUCCAGAACCUGCCGUUAACUUCUAUCCCGAAGCAGUUGUGCAGUUUGACAGAGCUUGAAGAAUUAUAUAUUGACUACGUUCCUAUUGUUACUCUGCCCAACGAAAUGGCGAUGCUGACGAAGCUGAAAAUCCUAUCUUUGAAAGGAAUUCCGCUAAUUACAUUUGAUGGAACAAAGGAGAGCAUUACUAAAGAUCAGUACCUCUCCUGGCAUGCAGAAAAUCCCAUGAUUACAAACUACUUGUCCAUAAAGGCUGUGAUGAAGUUGUUUGAAGAAUUUGAUCAAAAUAAGAACAGUGCAUUAGAGCUGAAGGAACUAGCACAGUUGAAUUUGAGACUUUUCUUCAGCAUUCCCAGAUUUGGCACUGUUGCCGACGAUGAUGGUACCAAUAUGAGAAGUGGUGGAGUACCACCUGUCAUCUUCCAGUUGGAGAGCCUGCAGGAGUUAUAUUUGAAUAACCAGGGCAUCCAGAUGAUUCCCUCUGACAUUGAGAACCUCAGAAAUCUCCGAGUACUCAGCCUGACUCACUGUCUGAUGCUGCAGAGCAUUCCGGCUUCUAUCGGACUUCUUCCCGAUAUCAAAACUAUCAAUCUGCACAGCUGUCCAUCAUUAAGGACUCCUCCCCUGGAAGUUGUUGGUAGAGGAUUUGAUUCAGUGAAGGCAUAUUUAAAGAGACUUCAUGGAGGCUUCACUGAGUGUCGCAGGACAAAACUUAUGUUCGUUGGACUUGGUGAAGCAGGUAAAACAAGCCUUUUGCAAGCUCUGAUGAGCUCUUCCAAGAAGACAGCAGGAACACAAAAUGCCCAGCUUACUGAUGGAAUUGACAUUAAAACAUGGACUGUGAAAUCCGAGAAUGGUCUGGAUAUUACAUUCUCUGCUUGGGACUUUGCUGGACAGACAGUGUAUUACAAUACACAUCAGUUUUUCAUGUCAAAGAGAGCUGUUUACAUGCUACUGUGGAAUAUGAGGAUGGGUUUUGAGCAUGCUGGUUUGGAUUUCUGGUUGAGCUCUAUAGCAUGCCAUGCACCAGAUACUCCCAUUUUGGUUAUUGGAACACAGUCUGACCAAGUCCCCAAACAGGAAAUUCCAGAGAAGGACCUCCAGGCCAGGUAUCCCCAGAUUAAGAGCUUCCAUUACGUGAGCUCUCUCACUGGAGAUAAAAUACCUGAACUUCAGAGGGAGCUGCUCUCUGUGACGCUGAGUCAAUCGUACAUGGGAGAAAAGAUCCCACAGGUCUGGCUGAAUCUGGAGAAAAAGAUUCUAGGUGAAAGGGGAAAACAGAGCAUUUUGGAUUAUAGUGUUAUUGAAGACUUUGCAGUCGAGCAUGGAAUUUUUGAUGAAAAAGAUGUGAAACAGGCAAUCAAGUUUCUAGAUGAUCUUGGUACAGUGCAGUACUUUGAUAAUGACUUUCUCCGCAACAAAGUGGUAAUUAAUCCACAGUGGAUCGUCAAUGUUAUGGCCUGUGUUGUGUCAGUCAAACAGUCCCCUAUACAGAAACAUGAUGGCAGAUUUCUACAUGAACAUAUUAAAGAUGUUUGGGAGAGUUAUGAUGAAAACUUGCACAAUUGGUUGUUGAGUUUGACAGAGGAGUUUGAUUUGACCUUUCCACUGCCUGGGAAACCCCUGAAUAUCGUACCAUGCCUCCUUCCACUGGAGCCACCAAAUGAGCUGCAAUGGCCUGAUGUCGAUCUAGAGCAUGGUAUCAGGGAGAGUAAGAUGUUAUACAAGUUUGCUUACCUACCGGCUGGUUUAUUCAACAGAGCUCAGGUCAGAUUGUUCAACUUCUCAGAUGGAAAGAUUAUCUGGAAAAAUGGUUCCUAUUUAAAAAAGAACAACCACCUAGCUUUGAUCAAACAAGAGAAUGAUUCAGAGUUAACGGUUCUAGUUCAAGGACCAAGGCCAGAAAACAUUCUGCUCUUGGUCCAUGAAGUGUUUGAAAGUCUGAUAUUGGAGUCCUUCCAUGGUGUGAUAUAUGAUUACUUUGUGCCAUGCCCUGACUGCAUCAGCAAAGAGGGAACAAAGGACCCAUGUUUAUUCAAAGCUGAACUGAUACGCAGAGCAAAAGAUCUCAAAGCUCCUUUUCUGCAGUGUACUAAAUAUUUCCACACAGUCACCAUGGGCCAGCUACUGGCUAUGAUGCCUGAAGAUAAAGACUCAGAUUUUGACAUUCACCUUCAACACAGCAUCAGUGCUCUGCAGUCUAUUAACAGUGCUUUACAGUAUGAUGUUGUGUUGCUCUACUGUUCUGCUGACAUCCCAUCUGAUAAUAGCGAUGUUCACCCCAGACAAGUUAAGGAGGACCUUGAAAACUGGGGAUUUUCAGUAUGGAUGCAUGAUGACCUACAAGCAACCAUGCUGAAUGAACUUUACUUAGCUUUGAAACACUGCAAGGUUGUAGUGUGUUGCAUCUCGGACCAAUUUGGACAGGAUGAGAAUUGCCGUGACAUGUUUUUAUAUGUCAAAGAGCAGCUCUUUAAAAAUAUUGCAAUAGUUGUUAUUCGAAACAGCCUGGACUGGAAACAUUCUGAACUUGGCAUGAAGAUUGGACAACCAAAAAUGUGCAUGAUCAAGAGUCCAGAGAGAUACUCAUCCAAAAUCAAUGAUUUGAAGGACAUAGUUGAUGAUCAUAUAUCUGGAAUGGAGUUGAUGAAACCAGAUCACCCUGAUAUUUUCAUCAGCUACUGCUGGCAGAAUUCCCUUGAUGCUGUCAAUAAUGGCACCCAGGCAAGACAUGGAGCUCUUGGAUUUGGAGAUCCUAGGAAGAUGAAGGAAUAUCUACAGAAGAAAGGGCUCUCCUGCUGGCUGGAUAUUGAACAGAUGGGAAAAUAUGGUCUUUACCAGGAGAUUGCUAUUGGCUUACAGAACUGUAAGGUCAUUGUGGCCUGUGUUUCAGAUGAGUAUGUGGAAUCUGAAGCCUGUAUGAUGGAGUUGAGAUUUGCAGUGUGCAACAUGAACCUACCUCUAGUUGUGGCAAUUGUUGGAACAGGAGACAAAUGGAAGAAAUCAGAGGUCAGUCUCCUGAUGAGGCGAUCAGAAAAGGGAGCUAACAAAGUUUAUAUGCAGAAAGAAAAUCCAGAAGGAUAUGAAAUGCUGCACAAAUUUGUUGUUGAUGCUCUCCCCUCAAUGACUGAUGAAAUUCUAGCAUCAGAGAAGAAAAAGAAGGAUGCUAUGAAGAAGAAAAAGCAGGAUUCCAACGAGAAGAAGGCUACUAAUGAGAAACACUCCUACCAGGAAGAAUAUGAGCUGAUACAAAGGAAGUUCAUAAGACAUGUCAUCACUAUGACAAAGCAGCUUGACCUUCAGCUGUUGCCAAGGCUAUUUGUGUUUGAUUUUGUCAGAUCAGUCAAUAAGCCAAAAGUACCUGAACCCCAGCAAAAUCUUGAAAGACCAAAAACUGCUGGAAAAUCAUUAUUAUCCAGGGCCAGCAAUUUAAAUAAAGACAGAGUUAAGGCUGUGUUACUGGCAGACCAAGGAGAUGAUGAAGAGGAAUGGCAGUCGGAAGACUUCUGUGUUCGACUUUUGUGUGAGAAUGAAGAGGGGUGGCAUCUGGUCCCUCAACAACUCAGUUUGUUUACAAACACUGCCGAGGAGAUCAUCAACACCAUCACAGAUGCUGCUCCAUUUUUAGCCAGAUUCUAUGCCAUUUUAAAGCAAAGCUCUGUCAAACUGAAGUGUCUCAAUGGGAAACUGGGAGAAAGCUUCAUGAAUUAUCUGGACCAGGAGGGAAAGUCAACAUCCAAUUUCCUGAAAGCAUAUUUGGCAGUUCACAAAUUGGUGGCAUCUCAUAUUGAAAAUGAAGAGUUCAUCAGGCAGCUUGACAGAUGUCAUUUACCCAGUGGGAAAAUUGCUUGGCUGUGUGAUAAACAUUCCAAAGGAAACAGAAUCACAAAGCUCAGUGUGGGUUCCAUCAGUGUGCAUGGUCAAGGGCAAACUAUCCUCAACAAGGAGGAUGAACUGAUGAAGGAAUACCUGAAAACUUCAUCUCAUGCAGCAGUUUUAAUGGGCAGACCAGACAGGGAGACAUCAAUGUUAAAUUUUGAGAGACAGCCAUCUUUAGUCAAAUCAGGAACUAAUACAUCUCUGGUACCAGAGAAAGAGGAAAUAAAUUCAGAGGAGAUUCCCCAGGCAGAGCAGAAUAGGGCCAUGAAGAUCAAAGAAACGAAAGCAGAAACUCCCCAGAAACAAACAGAGGACAAGGGUAAAUUGCCACCCCCAUCACCUAAAAAUGCAAAAAUUAUUGCCAAGAAGAAUGGAGAUGUAAAAUCACCAGACAAUAGUGCUCCACAAUCUCCAUCUUCAAGUACCACCUCCUCCUCCUCCAUGAAGGACAUGGGUCAGGUGGCUGGAACAGCAAGGCGGUUACAACGAAACUAUUCCAAAUCAGGGCGUCAGAAGAGUCAGGCAUGUGUGCUGCAAUGAAGGAGCCAUCUUGUGUAAAUAAUAUGUACUGACUUUAUAAAUAUUUGGUUUGAGUCCAUACAUUAUCAAUUUAAUGUGAUUUUUGUAGAAAAUUGACUUUUAUUAGAUUUAAGAUACUGGGUUUACAUUUUAUUUAAUUUAUUCAAUGUGCAGCUUGCACUAUGAAGAACAGGUGAUAACUAUUUUUAAUGUUUUUGUCUUGUGUGCAUUUUAGAACAAAGCAUGUACAGUGACUACACCAGACUUUUUUCUGCCUGUGAAUGUCUUGUUAAAAAAUAUCACAAAUUCAAUUGUACAUUUUGACAUAUUUAUCUUUUUUACUAUACUGCAUGUUUAUGGUCCUAUCUGAUGAGAUGCUGAUGAAAUUGUAUAUGAGUUUAGGUAUAUUUCACCUUUGCAUAGGCAUCAGAGCCACACCUACCCCACCCCAGGGGAAAAAUGAAGGUGAGGGAGAGAUUGGAUUACAUUGCAGCAAUCUUUUUUUAUUUUUUUACAUGCACACAUAUGUGUGUGUUUGUGUGUGUGUGUGCACAUACUCACACACAUAUUGAGUUAUUAGUUCCCAAGGCCAAAUCUACUAGGUAAAUGUAGGGCUGGCUACCUUAUAAUUUUUGAAGCUGUGAAAAUUAAGGAAAAGUAUGUUGUUAUUAUACAUUUCAUUAAUGAUACUUAUGAUACUAGAUUUAGGAUUUUUAAAUAUAUUACAUAUGUACACUGAUUAAGGCCCCACAUUGGAUAUAUGGGAGGCCCUAUAUUACAUAUAACAUAUGUACACUGAUUAGGGCCCCACAUUGGAUAUAUGGGAGGCCCUAUAGGAAUCACAUUCCGCUGUUAUGUUUUCAAAUUUUGUACAGAAAUACUUUACAAUAAAAGAAACACACCAAUAGAUUUUGGGGUCAUAUUGCUUUGUCUAUCUCUAUGUAUGUAUCCAUUAUGAGACAAUAAUUCGGAACAGUUUUCAUUGUAACAAGUUCAAAUUUCAUACAGAAGGAUUUGACUAUACAUGUAUAAGCGAAAGACACCUAUUAAUUAGGACUCCACAUUGAAAAUGUGGAAGAACAACAGGAAUCACAUUGUCCAUCUGUCCUUCAUCAGUUCCGUUGUAACAUGAUUCAUUGUAAAGCUUUCAAAUUUUAUAAAAAGGAAGAUUCCUACAUAUUUUGGAAUCAUGAGGUCAAAGGUCAAGGUCAUAACAAACCUUAAAUCUCUUACUUUUUUUGCUUUCACUGUAACAUAAGUUGAAAAGUUUUCAACAUAAAGCUUUCAUAUGUUGCACAAAGGUAGUUGACCAUUAAAAACACUUGUAUAUCUUGGAGUGAAAGUCAGGGUAACAACAAACCUUCAAUCCAAGGGUAAUACAUUUUCAUUGUGAUGCAAUAUCUUGUUUUCAAGAAAUAGCUUUCAUAUUCUACAGAAAAAAGUUGUUGAUUAAAAGAUGCCUAUUGAUAACAGGUCCUGUCCAUUUGUCCAUCUUCACUUUCUCUGCAACUUAAUAUCCAGAACAUUUUUUAACAAAAAGCUUUCGUAUUUUACACAAUGGUAGAAGAUCAUUGAAGAAAGAUGCCUUAUAUACUUUUGGUCAUUAGGUCAAGGAUACAACAGAUCUUUUCACUAAGUUUACUACACUUGGAGCUAUUAUAUUUGAUAUUGACAUACAUAUACUUGAUUCUGCAGUUGAAUAUGGAAAAGAACAUAAUUGCUUCUAUCUGUAAUUACAAACAUUAAAAGUAUUAUCUGCCAUUAUAUCAAUUGGAAAUCAUUAAAGGAAUAAAAACAUAUUAAUUUUUAUUUUAUUAGCUAUAUAUAAGUUAUACUUUAUGCAAAUUAUACAAUAUUUAGCUGCAUAUAAAUAUGCAUUGGAAAAUCACCCUUUUCUCCUUACAUUGAGUAGACCAGUACUCCAUUAAUACCAAUCAAUAAUUUGUUGAAAUUGUCAGAUAUUAUUUUACAUAGUUUAUCAUUAUGGCAAAUUUCCAAGAUUGCAAAAAUACUGUUUGAUAUGACACAUAUACCAUGAAUUCUGUCAUUAGCUCUAGUACAUGUAAUUCUAAGUGGGGCCCUUUUUCUAUGUAAUUCUAAGUGGGGCCCUUUUUCUAUGUAAUUCUAAGUGGGGGCCCUUUUUCUAUGUAAUUCUAAGUGGGGCCCUUUUUCUAUGUAAUUCUAAGUGGGGCCCUUUUUCUAUGUAAUUCUAAGUGGGGCCCUUUUUCUGUGUAAUUCUAAGUAAGGCCAUUUUUCUAGUUAGUUUACUGACAAUAUACUUUUCAAUUGUGCUCAAUUUACCAAUGGAUCAUAUUAUCGCCUACAACUGACUCAGUGAACUGGAUAUACAGCUCAGAUAGGAUAUACUUUUGACUUGUUUUGAAUCCGUCUUUCAUCUCUACAAUGUUAUACUUUGUUUUGUACUUUUUUAAGACAUAUCAUUACGUAUAUACAUGUAUUUAAGUCUACAAAGACUAAUUAUUUUAGUUAAUUUACAAUUUAUACUAAUGUUAUUUUAAUGUAUUUAAUAAGUAGAUCUGUUAUGGAAUUUUUAGAGGAUUUAUAUGUAAAUCUGAUGUUAUUAAUGAGGGUUUGAGGAUUGCUAAAAUUGAACCCAUUAACAUAUUUUAAAUUAUUAUAUUGCUGUACUGUAGUAUAUUGGUUAAAUUUCAUAUUCUUUAGAAUGAAGACAUGGCUAAAAUUUGAUAUCUGCAUUAUGUGGAAAAUCACAAAUCUCUGUCUCCCAAUAAGCUAUUUAAGAUUGUGCAUCUUGCAUAAAGGACCAUUUCACUUUUUGACUUUAUAACCAUUGUUUAAUGUGUCUCCUGUUUGUACUUCAGAUGCUUCAUUCAUUUACUGGCAUCUUCCAAUACUCAUUUUCACGUGUACUGUGAGCUCAUUUGCAAGAUUAUGAUCAGGUACUGUUUGCUUUUGUGCUGUUGUACAUAAAUUUUGUUAAAAUUUACAACUCUUGAUAUUUGAGGACAGGGUACAUGUUAAAAAAAAACCGUCUACCUUUCACUUCAAUAACUUUUUUUCCCAUGUGAUUUGGGUACUAUGUUUUGCACAUUAGAUCUCCCAGUGAUAUAUGUAUACUGUAGGUAGUCUCUUUUUAGUACAAGAAUGCUCUUUAUUCCACAAAUGUAAACUUGAUGUUUCCUUAUUAAUUACAAUUGCAAAACAAUUAUAAUGUAUUGAAAUGAUCCUAUAUCUUGGACAUGCAGCCCAGAGAAUGGAUAUUAUUUUAUGUAAUUUUUUUAUACUGUGCAAUACAACCUACUUGACAAAUCAAUUUUUUCUCUGCUGGGAUAUUUUGGUUUUUUUGUUUUGUUUCCAACACUAAAAUUUUCACAUCAAAACUUCAAUGUGAAAAAGAUAUGUUCUCUCCAGAGGUUUUACAUUGUGAUAAGUGUAGGUUAUGUUGUGAACAGUGAUGUGUAAGGACUAUUUAGCAACUUUGUCAUAUUGAUUCUCUCUGAUUAAAUCUUUGUCGUUUUCUUCAAAA